AUGGCCUUUUCUUUUCAAAAGCAUUCACGGCUAUGUUUGGAAGCCUUUUCUGAUGCCGAUUGGGCGGGUUGUGUUGAUGAUCGACGUUCCACAGGUGGCUAUGCUAUUUAUCUUGGCAAUAAUCUUGUCUCUUGGUCCUCUCGGAAACAACGAACAGUUGCCCGAUCAUCUACUGAAUCUGAAUACAAAGCCUUAGCUGAUACCGCUGCAGAAUUAACAUGGAUUCAGUCUCUGUUGUUUGAGCUCGACAUCUCUCUUCCGGUAGCACCCAUUCUUUGGUGUGAUAAUGUUGGAGCCACCUAUCUCACGGCUAAUCCGGUCCUGCAUGCCCGCACAAAACAUGUGGAAAUUGAUUUUCACUUCGUCCGUGAUAAGAUGACCCGCAAGGAUCUCCAAGUGCGGUGGUGGAAAGAUUUGGACAUUGCAGGAAAAUUUCCUUUCGCAAGAGACAGAGUGGUCGAGUUGUACUUUUGGAUACUGGGAGUAUGCUAUGAGCCCAAUUAUGUUUUCGCCAUGAGGAUUCUAACCAAAGUGAUUGGCUUGCUUUCCAUCACCAAUGACAUGUACGAUGCUAGCGAUGCUACCAUAGAAGAACUUGUGCUCUUCCAUGACGCAAUUCAAAGUGCCCCAGAUCAACUCCAGGACUACAUAAAACAUUUCUAUCAAAAGAUUUUGGAUACCUACAACAUGAUCGAUGAUGAAAUGCCCAAGCAAGAAAGAUCAUAUCUAGUAAAAUACGCAAAAUUCACAUUGAAAGAUAUGGUUAGAGUGUACUUGAUUGAAGCCAAAUGGUAUCACCAAGGCUAUGUUCCAAGCAUGGAAGAGUAUAUGCCAGUUGCGGGAUUGAGUGGUGGUCUCCGAUCACUUGCAAUUGUUUCCUUUGUUGGAAUGGGAGAGUUGGCCACAAAAGAGGAUUUCGAUUGGUUUGAGCAAGAAAAAGGUCACAGAGCCUCGGCAAUUGAAUGCUACAUAAAACAAUAUGGUGCAACAAAAGAAGAGACCGAUUUGGAUGUUGCAAGCAAACUACCUUUCACUAGAGACAGAGGGGUGGAGUUGUUCUUUUGGAUAUUGGGAGUGUACUAUGAGCCCCAAUAUUUUCCUGCUACAAGGAUUCUAACCAAAUUGAUUUCCUUCAUGAUUUCCAUUAAUGAUGACUUGUAUGAUACUAGCAAUGCUAACAUCAACAACGCCAAAAGUUGA